GCCACAAAGAGUCCCGUAAAAUUGGAAAAUGGAAGGCCCAGCCGACCUUUCCGGUUCAUCCUCAUUCGCAUGAAUCGCAUAUCCGAACAGUCAGUCGUCAACAAGCAAGACAUGCUAAACCCACACUCAGCUCUCUGCACCAGCUCCAGCUCUUAGGGUUUCUAAUUUCUCAAAUUCGAAUCCCAAUCCCCUUCAAAAAUGGCUACUUUAUCCUCGUUUCGACCAAGCCUUGUCCUUGUCCCAACUCCGAAGCCCCCGAACCCUCUCCUCCCUCGAACUCACCACCACUACGGCUUCUCGCAACCCAAGCCCUUCCUCCGAGGCUCGCUCGCCGUGGCUCGGCUCGGUUUCGGCCCGGGUCUGAUUCCCGAACCUGAAGACGCCGGAGCUGUCUUGAAGGAGCUGUAUGACAGAGCCGAGAGCUUGCUUUACACGGUGGCCGAUGCGGCGGUGUCAGCUUCGUCGUCGACGGAGAGCGUGAGUACAACGAAACAGAGCAGUGAUUGGCUUUCUGGGAUUACCAAUUACCUUGAAAGCGUUCUCAAGUUUUUGAAAGAUGGGCUUUCUGCUGUGCACGUUCCCUACUCUUAUGGCUUCGCCAUCAUACUCUUGACCCUCCUUGUUAAAGCGGCUACCUUCCCGUUGACCAAGAAACAGGUUGAGUCUGCCAUGGCUAUGCGGUCCUUGCAACCUCAAGUGAAAGCUGUACAAGAACGCUAUGCUGGGGAUCAGGAGAGAAUUCAACUUGAAACUGCUCGAUUGUAUAAAUUAGCUGGCAUAAACCCCUUGGCAGGAUGCCUGCCUACGCUUGCAACAAUCCCAGUAUGGAUUGGGUUAUAUAGAGCUCUUUCAAAUGUGGCAGAUGAGGGACUCCUUACAGAAGGCUUCUUCUGGAUACCCUCCUUGGCUGGUCCUACAACAGUUGCUGCUCGACAAAAUGGAAGUGGCAUCUCUUGGCUUUUUCCAUUUGUAGAUGGCCAUCCACCCCUUGGAUGGUCAGACACCUUGGCAUAUCUUGCCUUGCCUGUUUUGCUGGUUGUCUCACAGUACAUAUCUGUUCAAAUCAUGCAGUCAUCACAGAGUAACGAUCCAAACAUGAAGAGCUCUCAAGUUAUUACCAAGUUGCUUCCUUUAAUGAUUGGUUAUUUUGCUCUUUCAGUGCCUUCUGGUCUAAGUCUCUAUUGGUUCACAAAUAACAUACUGACCACAGCACAACAAGUAUGGCUUCAAAAAUUUGGGGGUGCAAAAAAUCCAGUUAGUCAAUUAAGUGAUAAUUUUAUCAAGGAAGUUGAACCCCAAAUUCAAAAGUCUGUGUCUGAAUUAAAGUUAACACAAAAGGAUACCAGACAAGAAGAAAAGUUGACGCCAGAGGGUCUACGGCCUGGUGAAAGAUUUAAAAUGAUAAAGGAGCAAGAAGCUCGGAGAAAACAACAAAGAGAAGAAGAAAAGAGAAAAGUUGAAGAGGCAGCAGCCAAGGGAACACAAAUAACUAAUGGGCGACAUGAGGGAGAAGCCAGAUUACUUGAUAAUGAAAAUGGAGCUGCAGUUGAAUUAGUUGGUGAAAAGAGUGAAGAACGUCAUUCUCAGACUACAACCCAUAGUUCCUCUGAUGUUGGAGUUUCUGUGAAUGGUGAUCGGUCUAUACAGGACUUGAAAGAAGAUCACAACACAGUGUCUGUGUUGAAGAUGGAAAACAGUGAAGUUUCUGCUAAUUUAGAGGUUGAAAGGAGGGAUGAGCAGAAGUCGGAUGAGAGUCAAGGAGACGGAAAGGAAUCUGUUGAAGUAGGAACUUCCACGACCACUGUGGAUACAAAAGUUUCUGGAGAAGGCACACAUCAAGUGAGAGGGGAGUGACCAACCAAAGUGUAAGCAUUGUUGAGAUAGCAUUGGUGAGUCAAUUUAAUCAGAUUGAAAGCAACCCAGACAUUCAAAAGCAAUUACACGGUGUAUAUUUUAUCUGAGACAGAUGAGUGGGAUCAACAAGAUUUUCGGAUUUUUGCUGUGUAGCUGUAACAAGUUUUUGAAUGUGUCCUGUAGAAAAAAGCUGCUCUGCCUUCUGCUUCUCGGUGGCAUGGCAUGUAUGAUCUUUGUAGCAAAAAUUUCCUUAUUUUUUGGUUAGAUUAGAUGAGAAGAAGGGAAAUGGAUAAGAAAUUAAGCAGAUGUGUUCGAUUCUUUUUCAUGUUCAUUUUGUCACCACACAACGUACGAAUAAAUGAUAUAAAAUUUCAGCUCGUUACUCUGCAUC